UUGUUUACAAAACGUAAAUAAUAUUCUGAGAAGAAGUUUGCAAAUACUUAAUUAUUGUACAAUGAAGCCUUAUAUUAAACUUGCAAGACAACCUGAAAUCAUAAGGACAACACAAAAAGACGUUCAAUUUUCAUCAGAAAUCAACCAAAACAUUCUUGAAGUCGUUCAAUUUUUAUCGCAGAAUAAUAGAAAUUUAAUAAAAAUCGGUGAAGUAUCAAAAAUUCUUUCCAAUAUCAUUUAUCAUGGAUUUGCGACACUAAAUCGACUUCAGACAUUAGGAGAAGAAUAUACUGGAAUUAUUCAAAUCGACAAUAACACUGAUAAUCUUCCUACUAGAUUUAGUCAACUCAUCGCAAUUAUUUUGGAGUUUGCAGGAGAAAGUUUUUUAAUAAGACUCUUAAAAGUGUAUGAAAAGAAAGUUGAAGAAAACGAUGACCUAGUACCAGAAGCUCAAGAAACAAUACUGAAACUAAUUCAUGUUAUAAAGGCAUCUAUUCCUUACGUCAAAGCAUUCCAUCGUGGCUUGUUCUACAUUAAUUCUGGUCACUUUCAAGUAUCAAAGAGAUUAACUGGAAUUAAUUACGUACUCGUUCGGUAUUGGCUAAGUGAACGACAAUCAAUCAAAGGUUAUAAAUUUCUUGGAAUAAUUACAAUUCUUCAAGUGACAUUUUCACUUUAUGGAAAAUUAAAAGAGAAACUGGCAGGGGAUAAAUUAGAAACAAAUCACAGCACGUCAAAAGGACUCGUAAGAAAUAACUUUUCCCAGAAAAGUACUAAGAAAUGUGUACUCUGCUUAGAAAUUAGGAUCAACUUAACAGCAACACAUUGCGGUCAUGUUUUCUGCUGGAAUUGCAUCUUAGAACUGCUGAGAUUUAAAGAUGAAUGUCCAAUGUGUCGAGAACCUUUGAGAAGCUCUUCAGUGAUAUUUUUACAAAAUUAUUGUUAAUAAUAAUAAAAUAUGAGAAUUCAAAGUUUAGCCAAAAUACAAUGCUUCAUAUAUAAUUAUAGGUUGAGCCAAAAGUUCUUAAUCUACAUAAAAGUCAUUUUGUUUUUCCCAUUUCACGAAUUAAAAUGAUUGCGUUUGACAU